AUGGCUACGACGGCGUUAACUUCAGAUUCUCCUGCUUCUGGUAAGCUGGGUUUAAAUUUGUUUGUAAUGUGUAUAUAUUUAUUGGCUUUUCGUUUAAAAUGUUUUAAUUAUGGUGAUUUUAGAAAGUAUGCAGAAGAGGAAUCGAGAGAAACGGCAAGUUCAUCAUCACCAUCAUAGUUUGCCUCACACUCGUCCAACUCAACGACAUGUGGACAAUCGCCAAAGGAAGCUGAGGGAGAAAAGAAGACCAGCUAACUUUAUUUCAACUGAUGGGACGGUAAGAAUAACUUUAUAAAGUAUAAUUUUUUCGUUUUAUGCAUUUAAAGUUAGUUUAAAAUUUAUAACAAGUGUUUUAUAUUAAAAUAUUUUAAAUACUUUGUUAUACAAUUGAACAAUGCAAUUCGUAUAUCGUUGUAGACAAGCGGAGACGACCUUGAGUUGGUGGAAGGAGAUGAAGAAAGCAGCCACAAGCUUGAAAAAAUGUUGAAGAAGAACGAUCAGUUACCGUCAGAUUUGGAUGCAGAUUGCGAAGAUAACAAUAGUACAGACGUGGACACUAUCAGUGUUAGUGGCAGCGUUAAGGUAGGUUUUGAGUUUAUUUUUUGAAGUUCAUAGCCUGGUUUUAUAGGAUUGCUUUAGAUGCUUUAUUUUAUUGUUUAAGGUUCAUAAUAAUUUUAUAAUUGUUUUAGUCAAAAGAUACUUCAGAGAGCAAAGCUCCAAAAGACGACGUUUCUGUUUUGAAUGCACGACUCAAUGCUUUAGAAAAGGUAGGUAACAUUUUAUUACAGUUUAGUAAUUUUGUAUUAAAGAUGUCUUUUUCUUAAUAAUGAUUACCGUAAUUGCAGCAACUCGCUACCGUACUAAAAGUGAAUGGGAAGCUGAAAGAAGAAAACGAACAACUGAAGCGAAUGGUAAAACAAUGA